UCAUUAUUUCCGUACCUAAACAUUCUCGAAUUUUCCAAACGCCUGCAGCAGCCCAAUCGCUACAUCUCGAUUCUCGGGCCAGCUAGUCAGUAUGGCAGACGACAUGCCCCUACUGGCCUCUGCCGUCAUUGUCCCCGACGCCCCCAACCACCUCGACACACCGAAGUCCGAACCUCCAUGUUCUCCAACCCUCAAACGACGCCAAUCAUCCAUCUCCGAUACCUCAUCGAAGCGUCCACGACUGUCCGUUGACGGCGACGCCGGUCCACGUCGCAAUGGGCGGGACGGAUCCGAAGCCGCGAACGGGCUGCCGACGCCAACAGAUGAACCCGACGACAACCGGCUAAAUCGACGAAGAUCCGGGUUAGAGGCAGAGAAAGGGCGCGGGAAACGGCUGUUUGGAGCCUUGCUAGGGACAUUGUCGCAAAACUCAGCAUCGGCGGCGCAACGACGACGGGCGGAUAUCGACAAGAAGCAGCAAGCCAAGCUUCGGCAGCAAGCUGCGGAUUUCGACCAGAGGCGGAAAGAACGGUUGGGGGACAUACUGGAGGCGCGCAAGCGGGAGCAGGGGAAGUUCGAAGAGCAAUCGAUGAGGGUACGGCAUUCGAAUAUGCUUGCGAUGGCACACUUUUUGCAGACAAAGACGGAACCGAGGCUGUAUUACAAGCCAUGGGAACUGAGCGCGGAGGAGGAGGACAUAAUCGCGUCGCAAGUUGCCGAAGUGGAAGUCACCAUUGACCGGGAGCUGGAGGAGUUUGAGGCCCGUCGACCUGCUGAAGAUGAACCACAGAACGGGUCACACCAGGAUGGCGUUCCCGGAACAAAGGCAGAGGCCGAUUUAGAAACCGAAGAGCCAGGUCAGCAGAAUGGUCACCCUUUAACUGGCGCAGACCACGAUAGUGCCGAGAAGCCAAACGACGAGGGUGCUGAAGCGGACUCAGGGGAGCACGUGGAGUUCGACACGCAGCAGCCGCAGCAAGUUGAGCUGGAGGCUGUCGUUGAGACAGAGACGAAACACGAGCAUGACGACGAUGAGGAGAUAAUGGAAGGUGAAGAAGAUACCGUACUAUACUAAUAGAUACCCCAGCAUCGGCCGGCUUUAUAUCGCAGGGGGAUGGUCCAUUUGGAGAUUCUUGUAGCAUACCUAGUUCUAGCAGCUUAGGGGCGGGCUAAUGGUGGACGCUACAUUGAGCCGGCGAACCCGAAAGGCCAAAAGCAAUAUCAAUACCUCACUCGCGUUACAGAGUUUACAACCACACGCUUUUAUCAAAGUACUUUAGAUUCUGAUAGCGAUACCU